CAUUUCCUAGCGAAAGUUAACCCCAAGAUGUUUGCCUAGGGAGGUUUGAACCUACAACCUCGUGUCGUGAAAUUAGGACGUAUGAUCACCAAGCUACCUUGGUUUAUUGAAUGUGCCAAAUUGGACUUAUGUUACCUUUUGGAUGCCGGAAAAUUUACGCACCCCAAGUGGGCUGGGAACAGUUUGUAUAAUGCUUUUACCCUCAAAUGUUUACAUGAGGCGUGGAAUACUAGGGGUUGCAUGCUAUGGCCGUAGGGAAUUCUUGCACACUGAUAGAGUAGCAGGGGGAAAUAGAUAUAUAUCGCACUAUCGCAAUGCCUUUGAUCUCACUGGGCUGAAGGUAUUUCGUUGGCUUGAGAAGAUACCGCAAAAAGGCUUGCAAUCUGCAAAUAUGUCUUCUCAAACAGUGAUAACAGUAGACAGUAGUAGAUUAACCAGUGAAAACUUCCAAGAGUGUCAUUCACCAUCUACAUAUGAAGCUGCCAUGGAAGCGCUUUCAUCUCUGAUCACAGGCAAAAAACGUUCUGCCAGUGUAAAUACUGAUGCUAAAUACACGAAGCUAGAGAGGAUGUCAAUGUAUAUUCAGAUAUUAGGCAUAGAGGAGCAAAUUGCUGACCUUAACAUUAUCCAUGUUGCUGGAACUAAAGGAAAGGGAUCAACAUGCACAUUUUGCGAAGCAAUUUUACGGGAGAGUGGUUUUAAAACUGGCCUAUUUACUUCUCCCCAUUUGAUCGACGUGAAAGAAAGGUUCCGUCUGAAUGGGUUGGAAAUAUCUGAAAGGCAAUUUUUAUUAUAUUUUUGGGGUUGUUGGAACCAGUUAAAGGAUAAAGUCACAGCAGACCUUCCAAUGCCUCCACUUUUUCAGUUCCUUACCCUAUUGGGUUUGAAGAUAUUUGUAUCUGAAAAGGUCGAUGUUGCUAUUGUCGAAGUUGGUCUUGGAGGGAAAACUGAUUCAACAAAUGUGAUUCAAGAUCCUGUUGCGUGUGGCAUCACUUCUCUUGGUUUUGAUCACACAGAAAUUCUAGGAGAUACUCUGGGAAAAAUUGCUCUACAUAAAGCUGGGAUCUUUAAGCCUCAUGUUCCUGCAUUCACUGUACCUCAACUCCCUGAAGCAAUGGAUGUUCUUAAGCAGAGGGCACAUGAAUUGGAGGUUCCAUUACAAGUAGCAGCCCCACUUACUUAUAAAAUGUUGAAUGGGGUGAAACUAAGUCUAUCUGGCGAUCACCAGCUUGUGAAUGCUGGCCUUGCAGUUUCUCUUUGCCAAAGCUGGCUCAAUGCUAAGGGAUGCUGGGAAAAGCUAUUCCAAAAGGAUAUUACAGAAAAUAGUCUACCAGAAGCAUUUCUAAGGGGUCUUUCAACUGCAUAUCUUUCUGGAAGGGCUCAAAUAGUUCAUGAUUCUUUGGGCUUAAUUGAUCAAAACGAAAUCAAUCAAAGACGUUGUGGGGAGUUGAUCUUCUACUUGGAUGGCGCUCAUAGUCCUGAGAGCAUGGAUGCUUGUGCCAACUGGUUUUCUAGUGCUGCCCAUGAAAAGGUUUAUAGACCAGUGUCAUCAUUUUCCAAGACUGAAAACAGGGAAGUAGCUUGCAGCAAUGGGUACAUUCAACGACCAAAUGGACAAGAGGAAUCUAAGAUAAUAACCAAAAGGAUUCUGUUAUUUAAUUGCAUGGAGAUAAGAGAUCCUGAGAUUAUACUUCCAAGACUGGUGGAUAUAUGUGCUUCAUCAGGUUCUAAUUUCUCGAAAGCGAUUUUCGUACCAAGUAUCUCAACUUACAGCAAGGUUACUUCUGGUACUUCAGACAUCCCUAUAAACAUCCAGUCAAAGGAUCUCGCAUGGCAGUUCAACCUCCAGAGGGUGUGGGAAAGAAUUAUUCAUGGCAAAGACAUCAGGCUAAACAAGAAUAUGAAGAUAGAAAAUUUGCCACCCACUGAAUUCCUGUAUGAUGAUAUAUCUCGCUGCAAUCCUGCAAAUGAAAACUAUAGUUGCAGUGCAGUGUUCCCGUCAUUACCUUUGGCUGUUUCUUGGUUGAGAAAUUCUGCUCGGGAGAAUUCUUCUCUAAGGCUUCAGGUUCUCGUAACUGGAUCGUUACAUCUUGUUGGUGAUGUCUUAAAGCUACUGAGAAGGUAAGAUCUAGCUGGUUGGAAACAAGCAAUGAUGCUAGGUCAUAUAUUAGGAAGCUUGUGUUGCAUCUUAGGUCGAUGAGUAUCUCCAAGCAUAGCAUGUAUAAAGCUUUUACAGCCCAACACACUCAUACAAACCACACUUCCAAAAAUGGUCUUACAAUUAUAGCUAAUCGCCAUACCAACUUCUUGUUUCUUUGUUUAGCCCUGGUUUACUCUUUUUUGUUGUGGUGUUCAAUAUGUGAAAAUCUUUGUUUCCCUUUUGCAUUUUGGAAGGGAAAUCACAGACCCAUGAAACCUGUAGAUAAGAGUAGUAUGUGCAUAGCAUUUGUAUUGUGGUAAAAUGGGAACACUUGUAAUAAAAUUACAGCAUUCGCAGAUCAUGAGAUGAACACACCAUGUAUGCGUGUUGUGUGUGCUGAGCAGUGUAAAAACUUGUCUAUGAUGCUUUGGCAGAAAAUAUAUGUUUUUGCCUA